GACUCUAUGGCACUCUUUUUGGACAUGCUUCUCGAAAAUUCCUAUUGGAAUUGUCCAACAAGGGUGCUAUAGAGUCCAAUUCCCAUUACAUUAAGUUCAUUUCAAUUCAGAAAGACUCAAUAAAGCGUCCCACAGCCAUGAGAACACCUUUGAAAACCCUGUAUUGCUUUAUCUCACUGGUGGUGUUUUCACUAUUUCGCUCUCUCGCUCUCUCUCUCUCUCUCUCUCUCUCUCUCUCUCUCUCUCUACAUCUAACUCCAUUUGAUGCGAGCCGCCUACGACAGGUUUCGCCCAGCGCAGUAAGAACCUGCGGGCCUGCUGCUGGGUGACCUUUCUCAUCAGAGUACGCACACCGCACGGGACAGGUCGUAGCUCGCUCUCCGGUGGGUGCGCGGGCGCACACACACACACACACACGCACACACGCACACAGUUUCCUCUAAACGAAUCGGCACCACUUUCCGGAGGGACGACAAGUUCACCGGGAAACGGUGCCGGGACCCGAGACAAUCCAGAAACCCAGGCAUCCGUCAGGGUAGCGUUUUUGCUGCACUUCCCACCCACCCAAAAACAGGCAGAGCAACGCUCACUAGCAAGAGAGAGAGAGAGAGAGAGCGAGAUGCUGAUGAUGGUUGCGCGCGGAGAGGAGACGAGGUCGGGCCGCGACACUGCACCUGCUGCUGCUGCGAUUGCGAAUGUGCAAUAUAAUCAGCCGAGAAGUGCAUACCAAACCCCAGUUGGGAACGGUGGUGUGCACAGUGUGCACAUGUGAUAACUGCGGGAACACCGGAAACCCUUUCUAGCCCGAAACAGAAACACACCGCGCGCGCACACAGAGACAAACACAGUGGCACACCGCUGGCAAAUCCCCCAAAAUUCGUUUUUUUUCCUACCUUUUUGGUUUUUUUUUGUACAAACGUGAACAGUCCUUCCCGAAGCAAUGCUACGGCUUCCUGUGAGGAGCGAGCGUGUUUGAGACAGUUUAGCAUUUGGGUGGAAGUGGAGUUCGCGCCUACAGAGACAUCAGCGGAUCAGACCUAUGCUUGUGUGUGAUAAAUUGUUGUGUGAGUCAGUUCCUUCAGAGUAUAAAGUUCUUGCACGUAUCCUUUGCGUAUUCUUUUCGAGUGCCGAGAACUGCGUGCGUGUGUUACAGCUACCUUGCCGAAGCUUAGAAGUCAGUGAAUGGAGCAGCUGUCCGUUCGGCUGUUUGGCUGUGUCUUCCCAUCCCCAAAUGAUUCCGCAAACGAAAACGCAUCCUUUAUACACGCUGCCUGCUCUCGCUGUUUUUGAUUUCCAGGCAUCAAUUAGGGCAAUUUAUUACGCGCAGCAAAUCCGUGCCGACGACAACGUACCAUCGUAGCCCUUGCGCGCGCUUGUGUGUGUGUGUGUCUAGUGACUUUGAUCGAUCGAAGCGAAAGUGUUUUUCCUGUGUCCUCCUGUGUCGGUGUGGUGUGUAUCCUGUGUCGUAUCCCGUUGUGGGGGGGGGGGGGAUCCCCGCGCGUACUCCGUGAUUAGUAAACGAACGAACACGAUGCAUCAUUGCUGCACUACCAGCGCUGGCCGUUUUGCCGUAGCAGCAGCCACAGCACCGCCGACGAUUGCCCCCGGCACCACCGGGACGCACCAGCGGCAAUCAGCGUAAACUGCUUCGCCCCACCCGCACCCACGCAGUGCGCAUCCCCGCAAUCGGCACCCCCGGGACUGGACAUUGCUCCAGCACCACGCGCGCACACACACGCACACGUACAGUGCACGUGUGUGUGUGUGUGUGAGAGAGAGAGAGAGAGAGCGCGCGCGUUGCAGCGGUUGGCGGUUUUAGUGGCGGUCUACAAUCUAUUUACCACGGCACAACACACCCACUGUCCCCCGGAUCCUGGCAGGACGAGACCGCCAUUGUCGUCUUUGGAGUCAAGUGAUUCGCACGUCUUCUUCGCUUGAAAAGCGCAACAGGCGCAACCAAACCGCAUCACACCACCACCCCCGGGACCCCGUUUGCCGAUGGCGACACCAAAGGACGAACGAGCGACCAAUCCGGCCACGAUGCCCGUCAAUGGAUACGAUAACGGUGGCAGCUGCACGCCGGCAACCAGCACCGGCAGUAGCAGCAUCGGGCUCACGUCCACGCCCGUCUCGAGUGGGCGCAGCUCGAACAGCAACAGCAGCAACAGCAACGGCGGAAGCUCCGUCACCAGCACACCAACGGCUGGUGGCCACGAUCAGGCGGCAGGCGGCAAUAGCAGCGCCAGCGUUACGCCCGGUGCACCGGGCUCGUCCGGUCACAAGGGCAGCAUCCGGGGCAACAAGCUGGCUCGCCGGGCGCGCUCGUUUAAGGACGACUUUCUGGAGAAGAUAUCGCAGAUCCGCACGCCGACCAGCACGAUGACUAGAUCUCACUCACCCAACAGUCCACGGGGCGGCGCUGGUGGUAGUGGCGCAAAUGCGGCCAGCUAUGGCAGCCGCAAGAGCACCACCGACGAACCGGCCAAGCCGGUGCAGGAUCUCAACUAUCACGUGCGGCAGGUGAAGAAUGCGCUGACCCACUUCAAGGACGUCAUACUGAAGAACAAGCUGGAGAUGCUGCCGGGCAACGGUACGGUCGUGCUGGAAUCGAUCGCCAACGUGCACACGGCACUGCAAUCGUACACACUGAACGAGCACAGUUCGGCAUUCAUCAACGCGACGAACCACGUGCACGUCUCGCUCGGCAACCUGCUGAAGCUGUGCGACGAGGUGCUGCUAACGAAGGAGGGCGACGACUGCCCGUCGCUCAGCAAGGAAAACGUGAAGGAGGUGGUCGAGCUGGUCGAGAACGCGGUCAACAAUCUGGUGAACCUGGCGAACGAGAAGCUCUCCGAUCGGAAGGCAAUCGGGACGGGCGGGGGCGGCGGACCGGGCACAGGGGUGAGCGGUACCGCGGCGGGCCACAGUACCGGUGGUCCGAGCUCGAACACGCUGCAGCGCCCGACGGUUGACGUGGUCAGCCAGCGCACCUCGCUGCCGGACAUUCCGCUGACGCCGCGCGAGCGUGACAUCCUCGAGCAGACGUCGCUCAAGACGGUGCGGGCGUCGCACAGCACGGAAAGCAUCCUGCGCGAUUCGAGCCCGCCGCCGCCGCCCAAGCCGCCGCUGCCGGACCGGUCGCAGGAACCGCCGCCACCGUUGCCGCCCAAGCGCAAGAGCCAACAUGCCAAGAAUCACUCCUUCCACGACACCACCACGGCGUCGUCCGAUUGCGCGUCAACCGAUUCGACCAUCUUCCAGCUCGGGGGCGGACCGGGCAGUAGUGCCGGCGGGGCAACGGGCGCCGGUGGCAGCAUCGGGCUGGACCGGAUGUCGCUGCGGUCGCGGUCGCCCGAGGACAACUGCAGCCUGCUGAGUGCCAGCGCCGGUUCGCUCGACUCGGCGCUGAAUCACUCGCGCGAGGAGGAUGAGCUGCGGGCGCUCACGAGCUGCUCGUCGCACGCGAGCGCUACGGCCGCCAGCCUCGGCGGGCUGGUGAUACUCGGUGCCGGUGCGGCCGGAUGCGGCACGCAGCACUGGGAAGAGGCGGGCGACCUAGCGGGCGGAUUGCCGCAGCACAGCAACAACAGUCUGAAUCGCAACUCGAACGAGUCUGGGUUCGAGUCGAUGUACUCGCUGCGUGUCAGCCGCGAUCAACAUCAGCAACAGCAGCAGCAGCAGCAGAUGCAUAUGCAGUACCAGAGCACGGCUGCGACCGUUACCACGCACCAUCAUCACCAGAAAAGUGCCAGUUCGUCGUCCUCCUCCUCGUCGUACGUGCACAAGUCUGAAUCCAUCGUGGACGGCAUGGCGGCACUGGUGGUCGCCUCUGGGAAAGGUGCCGUGCAGCAACAACAUCUGCAGCAGCACCACCAGGCACACGUGCUGCAUCAUCAGCAGCAUCAGCAGCAGCAGCAGCAGCACUUUCAUCAGAAAAUCGACACGAUCAUCACGCAGGCCAGCGACGACAGUAGCGCGGGGCCGAAGGGGGCAAGCGAACAGCUUGCCAGCGCGACCUCGCUGACGUCGACCGUCACCACGUCCAGCAGCAGCAGCCUGUCGAAGCUGCUCGUGCACGGCCCCAGCAUCGACGAGCUCGGCAACGAUGACGUCUUUCCGCGGACGUCGGCCGGUGGUGCAACGGACCGACCACCGGCUCUGCCAGUCAAGACGCGCUCGCACAGUAUUAAGCGGGAACGCCAUCCGUCGCAGUACGACAACGUGGACGAGGUUGACCUAGAGCGAGGAUCGCAAGACUCGUUUGGCCACUUCCCGAUGCAGAGUUCGCCGUCGUAUCUGUACAGCCGGCAGCAGAUGUUCCACAAUCUACCGAGCAAGCAUAUCAGUCUGAUCGAGCCGCGGCAUAUGAGCCGGUUCCAGGAGGAGCCACCGCCGCUACCGAUCAAGAAGAAGCAUAUGUUUCAAAGUGUUGCAUAUUCAGUCAUGGCUUACAUGGAGAUCUUCGGCAGUGCCACCCAGAACCAGUCGGAGUUUAUGCGCCACUCGGUGCACACGUACAAUUUGGCGCACUCGGAGCAGAUAUCGACCAGUAGCACCACGAGCAAUCACAGCAUCUCACACAGUCAAACGAUGAGCCUCUCGCCGUCGCGCAUUGCUCCGGCUACGGUGUCGCCACCGAGCUCGCCGAACGUGAGCGUGAAGCCGCCCGCGCUGCCACCGAAGCGCCAGCGCAUCAACAGCAAAACGCCCAGCAUCGCAUCGACCCCGCCACCCAGUCCGAAGAUAUUCCAGGACCAGCAGCAGCACCACCACGCGCAGCACCACUAUCACCAGCAGCAGGCCCAAGCGCCGAACGUAAUCAACACGUCACCUUCGCCAUCAACGUCCUCGCUCGCCUCGACCCAGUCCGGUACGGGCAGCAAACCGUCUGCUGUCUGCAAUCAAACGCUGGACGUGAAAACACCGAAGGUAGCGCAACCACCACUGGCAGCAUCCGAGCCCGAGGCGGAGCCGGCCACUGCUAGCGGCAGUGCAGCGUCCACUUCCACUACUAGUACUACCCUCACCAACAUAGCUGCUACUACUACUACUACUACCACUAUCUCUUCCGUUGGUGACGAUGGUGGCGCUGCUGCUGCUGGCGCUGCCACCGAGCAGUGCGGCAUUCGUUACCACUCCCCUAACCGGCGGCAUCCGGCCGGUGGCCAGCACGCGGCCGACGAUGACUAUCUGCACCUGUGCGAUGCGACCACGCGAGCGCCCAUUGCCGGCGACAAUCUGUCCGCCUCCUCCUCCUCCGCUUUCCCCUCCUCCGCUUCCAAUCUGAAUCUCGCCAGUACGGCUGGUCGCGGCAGCGGCAGCACCAGCCAGCAUCUAGUCAGCGUCACCAACCACAGCCACAGCAAUAACACUAGCGGCAGUAGUAGUAAUAACGUUGAAUCUAGUAGUUAUUUAAACGAUAGCCAUAACAAGGAUAGAACUAGCAGCAGCAGUAGCGGCGGGCAGGCCGUGUUGCCGUCCAGUGAUGCGAUGAUCUACGAAGCGUCCACCACGCAAUCGCCACUGCCGGCUGGCGAUGCCGGUGACGAACGGGCAAGCAACAAAGACGGGGACGAGGUUGAGGUCAUACUUAGACGGAAUAAUAAGAAUGGCAUGACGAUGGCGAUGGAGCUGCAACAGCAACCACUGAAUCUGAUGGAGGAGCUGGACGUGAGCAACUAUCUAGUGUUUAAGAAGGAAAACGAGGACGGUCCAGACGUCAAGGGCGGCCACCCGGAUGCACUCAUCAUCCACGCCACCCGGGUGCAGAAGAACUCAGACGACGAUUGUUUAGAGGAUGCUUACGGUGAAGCGUUCAUAACUACGUUCCGUACCUUUAUCUCGCCGUUGGACCUAAUCCAGAAGCUGUCCCAUCGAUACACCGUCUACCACUGUCAGAUGAAUGAUGCCAAACAGAAAGCCGCCAAAGAAUCCUUUUCCCUGUUGGUGCGGGUGGUAAACGAUCUGACUACGCCAGAUUUGAGCGAACGACUGCUGGUGAUACUGAUGAACUUUGACUAUCAGCUGGUAAGCGCCGGCCACCUGACGAUGGCGAAGCUGCUCCGGGUGAAGCUGAUCGAGAAGGCGUUGAUCUACAAGCAGAAGGCGUCGCUCACCGUGCCGACGCUGUCGUCCCGGGCGCUCGUCGCCCAGCCGCCGACCCUGCUCGAUCUGAAGUCGGCCGAGAUAGCCGAGCAGAUGACGCUGCUCGAUGCGGAGCUGUUCCAGAAGAUCGAAAUACCGGAGGUGCUGAUAUGGGCGCAGGAGCAGUGCGAGGAGCGGUCUCCGAAUCUGACCCGUUUUACCGAGCACUUUAACAAGAUGUCUUACUGGGCUCGCACGCAGAUACUUUCCCAAAACGAUGCCAAAGAUAGGGAGAAGCACGUGAUCAAAUUCAUCAAAAUUAUGAAACAUCUGCGGAAAAUCAACAACUACAACUCGUAUCUGGCCCUGCUGUCUGCGCUGGAUUCGGCUCCGAUUCGAAGGCUCGAGUGGCAUAAAACGAUCACGGAAGGAUUAAAGGAGUACUGCGCAUUGAUCGAUUCCAGCUCCAGCUUCCGGGCGUACCGGCAAGCGUUGGCUGAAACGAACCCACCCUGCAUUCCGUACAUUGGACUUGUACUGCAGGAUCUUACCUUCGUGCACAUCGGCAACCCGGAUCUGUUGCCGGACGGGUCGACCAACUUCUCCAAACGCUGGCAGCAGUACCACAUCGUGGUAAACAUGAAGCGUUUUAAGAAAGGAUCCUACCCAUUCAAGAAGAACGAGCGCAUCAUCGGUUUCUUCGACAACUUCGAGUACUAUCUAGACGAGGACGCGAUGUGGCAGAUUUCCGAAACGAUCAAACCGCGUGGCUCGCGCAAAGCGAACGUCAAUUAGUACAGGCUGAACUGUUUGCGUGGGGGUAGCGACGAGCAGCAGGAAGGCACCGGUGCGACGCGGCCGAAACGAAGCAAUGGCGAGGAGGAGGACGGCAGCAGCGCGCAACGGCUGUUGAAGUAGGCCAGUAGGUCGCCGUUUCGGCUUCGAAUCUCGAAACCAAGGCUCGAACGGAGCCGGCCUGCAGAGUCAUCGGAAACGGCGGGGGGAUUGGGGAAUGGGAUGGGGAGAGGAGGAGAUAGGACACAAUCUCAAUUGUGUGCACACCAAUACACACAACAACUCAGUCCCGAUCCACCCCGGAUGGGGAAGGCAGUAGCAGCAAGACAGAAAGAGCAAACCCAAGCAAACGAAGGAUUCAAUCAACAUUCGUUCCCGCGCGAAGCCAGUAACGCUAACGAUCGCCAAAUCGAACAAUUAAUGUGCAUUUACUUGCGGGACAUUUGUUUGGUAACGCCAGAAACGUUACACACAGUGAGAGGCUAGCAAGCUCCUAAGUGAUCGUAACGCGUACUCACUAAGUCAGUUUGCCGGUCUGUCUUUUUAUUCCGUUUUGCUUACCUGUUGCGGCUUCCGAUAGGGGGGGGGGGGGGGGUUUGUGUUGUUUUCUCUCUUUCUCUCUUUCUUUUUCUCCCGCAGAGACAGGACGGGGAAACGAAGGAAUGUGUAAAUUAUUUUAAGCUAUCGAUAGCACACUUGAAUUCGUGAUCUUUAUAUUGUAUUAUACGUACUCUGCUUGCAAUGGUACUUUUUUUUAAUUAAACAAAGUAUUGUUUUAUUGUAUUUAUAAAGUAACGACACAGUUUAGCGGACGCGGUAUCGCGGCCUCAUCGGCGGUUUAAUUUCACAACAGCCUAUAAGCACCAUCGGUCCUCCCCGAUUGAUGGGAAGCGCGAUAUUAUCACUAUAUGACAGCAUACGUGUGUGUGCGUGCGUGUAUGUGUACCCCAUUCGUGCUUGUUGGCAUGCAUGUAUCUAAUGAGUAGGCUUUAGGAUUUAGGGUGCCUGGGCAGAACCGCAUACUGCAAGCCGGCUGCGGGUCUCCUUAGGCAAUCUAAAAAAUAUCCACACGAAUGCAAUGGAAGCUAAGUCCAGCGCAAUUGCAAAAUAGAAAGAGAGAAGAAAGUAAAACAUACACACACACACAUCGUCAAAGUUCUAUAGCUAAGAUAGAAGAAAAGCAAAGUUAAACAACACAAGCUCGAAACAGCGAGGGAGUUGCGAGUGAACGCCGACAGGACAGUGGGAAGGCGGAAGUGCGCGAAACAAAGAGCAGAGAUUUAUCUAGAUAAAGUGUGUGGGUGAUAGUUGGGGAAGGGAGAGGGGGGGGGGGGUGGAGGGGGAGUGGAUGUUUAGCAUUAAAACGUAGUAGUAACCGUAAACACAGUCAAAGAUGAACGAAUGUUUUUGUCUUCUAUUAAGAAAUACCCUUUUUUAUUGAAAAAUACAACUAUCCAUUAUUUUAACCCUU